GAGCGCUUUGGAAUGCGGCGGUUGGUUCGCGGACUACGGAUCCGCAAUCGUGUUUUGCUUCGGUUCUGCGACGUUUGGCAACACGUGCCUAUGGUAAAUUGUGCAUUCAAAAACAAAGUAGGCUGGAUUUACAUUUCGCCGUUCGUCACAUUAGGAAGAAAGCUAUUCUCACUGUAACCGCAGGAAUGCGAACAAGUACAAAUAAACCGGGUGCGGCUUGCGCUACCUCUUUAGAACCAUUGCGCGCGUGCGUCAGCGGCGUUGGUGUGGUAAUCUUGCCGGAGCCGUCAGGCAGCCUACGGUCCGGGUGUAGCCACCUUGACCCGACUGUAGACAACGUCGAAAACCGGAUCAGUCUUCACAUGGGUGCCGAGCGAGAGUGCGUGUCUCUGGCGAACAAAUUGAUCGUCGAAUGUCAGUUGGCGCACCCGAGGGUCGCCAAGCUGUCCCACGUCAAACCCCAGUUGGUCGCGCUGCUCUUCAAAGCCUGCUGCGGGAUCGAAGUUCAAGGCUCGAUUGAAAGCCCCUCGAGCUUGGAGGACGAAGCGUGCAAUGUGCAGGAGAUGCUGGACGUGCUGUCGCGCGACGUGCUCUUCAUGUCGCUGGCGCAUGUCACUGGACGCGACAUUGUGUCGAGGAACGCCGACGCGCUCUUGGACCUGCUCGAGAUCCUCGAGGGCUGCUGGAGCGUCCGGAGCGCUCCGCUGUCUUCUUCGUCGUCCUCGUCGCCCUCCUGGAUUCCCGGAUCGACGUCGGGCACGUCGAGCACGAGCGAGCACGCACCUUCUUGCAGAUGGAGCAGUGUCACCAGUGGCUCGGGUGAAUGUUUGUCGUCAACCAGCAACAGUUGGAAGUCGCCGAGUCAUUCUGACAACAGUCGCUGCUUCUUCUGCCAAUACGUAGCUGCCAAAGAACAGGAAGCGGAACGAGCUGACAACCGACACGCUUUCCAAGAAUCGGACGCUUCGUCUGUUGCUCGAAUAGAAUCCAGAGUCGGGCUGCAAGCCACAUCCAACGUUCAAUCCAAACUCCUAUCCAAAGCCUUUUCUAGAGGUCGAUCCACUGCCCAGCCCAGGGGUGCGCCGCUUCCCGGAUCCCACGUCCCGUCUGCAGUUCAAUCCAAGGCUGGACUGCGUGCAGAAUCCAAAGUGCAAUCCAGAGCCGAGCCAACUGUCCGGCCCGGAGUACGGUUCGAAUCCGGAGCCGGUCUGGAAACCCGCCGAGAAGCCGAAGCUGAUCCGUGCGGACAUGUACACCGACCGUCUCCGGGUUCGGCUGUGCACCCACGAAGAUUGUCAGGUGCGGUGAGGCAUUGCAGUCCAUACUGGCUUCGCAGUACCGUCGAUUCGGCUGCCACACCGGACCAAUCGGACGGCGAGGAGGAGAGGCUUGCCCGAUCCGUCGCGGAGCUUCGCCAACUCGUGGCCCAAUCCGAGACUAACGACGACAGGGGAGCUCGGAAACGGCCGAGGAUGGUCAGGAAGUCGGUUCUGCUGUCGCCUUCUUUGCACCGUGCCAAGAGGAAGCGCACAGAAACUGCCGCAAGGCCUCCGCCAUUGAUGCGAGACGUGGACGACAAAGAAGGUGCCUCAUACUAUAGUGGCAAAGCUCUUAAUCAAAUCAUCCAAAAAAGGUCUAAAAGCGUGUCUACACUGGAUAAGUCUGCAAACACUAGGCAACAGUGCCUCUGUUGCCUAGCGUUUGUGUUUAUGUUCUAG